AUGAACACCGGGAAAGCUUACAGUACCAGUGAUGUCAGCAAUGGAACUGAUCUAGCUAUUGGCUUUACUUCCUCCACAGUAGCCGUCCUUCUGUUUGGGACAAACUUUGUGCCUGUUAAGAAAUUUGAUACUGGGGAUGGCAUGUUCUUCCAAUGGAUUCUCUGUGCCUCCAUAUGGAUAGUUUCUUUGGUGGUCAAUUUAAUCCAGAAUUGUCCCCGAUUUUGGCCUUUGGCUAUGGUUGGGGGUUUCCUGUGGGCUACAGGCAAUGUUACAGUUGUUCCUAUUGUUAAAACUAUUGGCUUAGCUCUUGGUCUUUUGAUAUGGGCUUCUUUUAAUUUGCUGACAGGUUGGGCAAGUUCAAGGUUUGGUUGGUUUGGAAUUGACCCAGAAGAGGUAUCAAGACCAGUCUUGAAUUAUAUUGGAGCAGGACUUUCACUAUUAAGUGCUGUCAUAUUUCUUUUUGUAAAAACUGAAGUCCAGAGUUCUCCAGCUUCAUUGGAAAGCAUAUCUUUACUGAGAGAAACUUCCAUUAAUGUUUCUGAAGAUACCUCUGAUGACUCAUGGGUGGACAGACUUUCUCCAGCAAAAAAGAGACUCAUAGGUUGUAGUCUGGCUGUAGUAGCUGGAAUAUUCUACGGUUCCAGUUUUGUACCAGUACUAUACAUCAAGGACCAUGGAAGAAGAAAUGAAACUAUAUAUGCAGGAGCAAGUCAAUUUG